GGGGGAUCUAAUGAUGUUUAUGGAUUAAAAUAUGAGAAAUGGUUUGAGAUAAAUGAGAAUACUAAUGGGUAUUUAUCAUUUAUUAAUUUAAUUAGAAGAAAUUUUUAGUUCAUACUUGCUGGAGAAUAGAGGGAUGGAAUUAAAUAAGGAAGAUGAAAUAUUUAAUAUAAAGAAACAGAUUGAUACUUUUAUAAAAGAAUGUAAUAUCAAUCUUUAAAUAAAGAAGCGGAGGAGAAUACAAUGAAAAUGGAUAUAAGGAUGGUGAUUGAAUUGAAUUGCAUUCGAAAUAAGAGUAAAUCAUUUAUAAAAUAUUUUAAGAGAUGAAAUUAUUACCCAUUCUUGCAAAUAUCUCUUGGGAAAAUACAUAGGAGGAUUCAUGGAUUUUUUUGGCUUAUAUGAGAAUGAAUUUAUUAUAAAAAUUUCAUCACAAUCUAAUUUAUAAUAUAUCAUCAGAUUCACAAUUUACUAAAAUAUAAUAAUAUGACUUUGUAUUUAGUAUUGAAAAUUAACUUUGA